CGAAACUUGUGAGUGCUGCCGUGAAAGUACCCUUGUGCGCCAUUUUUCUUCCUACAAGCAUUGCUAUGGAAACUUUCUUCUAGUUUCCCUAUAUCUCUGUCUUGAGAAGGACAUCAUUCUUAUUACUCCGGCUUCUAUACGUAUGAAAUCCAUUAGAGUUUUCAUUUGACUUUUCUUAUUUGCAUGUUUAUGUGAUUUAAGGUGGGUGGGAUUAACUUUGUCUUCAUGUCAGAGUAUAAUUAUUAGAAAAAGUCGGUUGAUGUUUUCAGCCAUGCUGGGGCAGCUGGAUCCGGCAGAUGCAGCUGGAGGAAUAUCCCAGUCUCCGUUUGUCUCGGGGUUUCAUUCAGCAAAACACUGUCAAGAUUGAGAUUCACUACAAGUGCUUGCAGAGUUGCAGUAUAAAGAAAAAUGGGUUUCCAAUUAUCAUCUCUCCUCCACGAACUCACACAAUCUCGUCAAACUCUUUCCGUAGCGAAACAGUUACAUGCCUUAAUCGUCAGACUAAAUCUUUCGUCUGAUCCAUUUUUUGCAACAAAAAUAACCCGAUUAUAUUCCAUUAAUCAUGAUCUUCAUUCUGCCCGUAAGCUGUUCGAUGAAACUCCUGACAGAAGUGUUUAUCUAUGGAAUUCCCUGAUCAGAGCUUACGCUCAAGAACACAAAUUCAAGGAUGCUUUCUAUCUCUUCACACAUAUGCGCUGCUCAGGUACACCACCCGAUAAUUACACUUAUGCUUGCAUCAUACGCGCGUGUACUGAGAGAACGGAUUCUUUCGGAUUGAGAAUUGCUCAUGGUGGAGUUAUUGUGUCAGGUUUAGAGUUUGAUUCGGUCACGAGUAGUGCACUGGUUAGUGGUUAUUCGAAACUAGGACUUGUUGAUAUAGCUCAGACAGUAUUUGAUGGAAUAUGCGAGCCGGAUUUAGUUCUUUGGAAUUCCAUGAUUGCAGGUUAUGGGUAUGGGAGGCCUUGGUGUGAAAGCUUAAAAUUGUUUAGUAAGAUGAGGAAAAUGGGAAAAGACCCAGAUGGGUAUACUUUUGUUGGAUUAAUUUCGGGUGUUAAUGAUCCACGAUUAUUAGGAGUCUGUCGGGGAAUUCAUUGUUUAUGUUUGAAAAAUGGGUUGGAUUCAAAUUCUCAUGUAGCUUCUUCCAUUGUGAGUAUGUAUUCGAGGUGCAAUUGCUUGGAUUCAGCUUAUAAAACCUUUAGCGGCUUACCGCAUCCUGACAUAGUUCAAUGGUCAUCUUUGAUUACUGGACUUUCUCAAACUGGUAACUCGGAAGAAGCAUUGUUUUUAUUCAGAGAAAUGAUUUUGGAAGGUGAAAGACCCGAUCCUGCUUUAAUUGCUAGUGUGUUGGGAGAUUCCUCUAAGUUGGCGAUGGUUGAACCUGGUAGACAAAUCCAUAGUUUUGUUUUUCGCCAUGGGUUUGGAUCCGAUGUUAAAGUUGCAUCUUCACUCAUUGAUAUGUACACGAAAUGUGGGGCUCCCAAGUUGGGUGUUAGAGUUUUUGAGAUAAUGCACGAAAGGAACGUUGUCACAUAUAACUCUAUAAUUUCAGGUCUUGGUUCAAAUGGACUAAUUUCAGAAGCUUUUUUAGUGUUUCAAGAGAUGGUGGAAAAAGGAUUCAAACCUGGUGUUUCAACCUUUUCAGCUCUUCUUAGUAAUUGCAGUCAUGGGGGAUUGGUUAGGGAGGGCAGGGAAAUUUUUCGAAGAAUGGAAGAAGAUUUCGGUGUCACACCUAGAAUUGAACACUACGUAUAUAUGGUGAAGCUCUUAGGGUUGGCUGGAGAACUGCAAGAGGCUUAUGAUUUGAUUAAGAAAAUGAAAGUGCCACCUGAUUCAGGAGUUCUGGGUGCUUUAUUAUCGUGUUGUGUAGUCCAUGGGGAUUCGAAAUUUGGCAGAAUUGUAGCUGAUAUGCUUUCAGAAAUUGAUCCCAACAAAACUGCAUAUAGAGUUAUGCUUUCUAACAUAUAUGCUGCAUAUGAGAAAUGGGAUGAAGUGAAGAAAGUGAGAGAUGAAAUUUUUGUUUCUGGUUUGAGAAAAACACCAGGAAUUAGCUGUAUUUGAGUUUUGAGAUAAUCUGUAAACAGGCACCAUGAAAUUAGAGUUAUGCAACACAACUUAGAUACAUCUUACACUGA